UUUUCCCCCCAUUUUUCGCUGCAGGUGCGCGGAAGACAUUCAGCUAAUACCCAGGUAUACACACUGGCUGCAAGGUCACGGCAGCCAGUCCAAUCAACGCAGGAUAGCACCAGCUCCUGUACAAGUGUAAUCUGUUGUGACAUCAGCAACCCAGUUUCAAUGGCAGGCUCGUCAAACCGGUGUUGAAGCCUGCGGGAGUCACUGAGACCGUUCAGACUGCCAGGAGGAGCCCACCUGUGUCGCUGCAUUCACUCGCGUUGUUCCCAGACUUAAUUUGUAGCAGCGCCCAAAUCUGAGUUUUCUGCCCGGUGCGUACAGAAGAAAGAAGGAGCAACUUUACAUGAAAAGCUGCAUCAAGGGACACGCGUGGGGAGAGGAAGAGUGGACUGCGUAAAAAGACACAAACUCGAGAGAAGAUGGAAACGAAUGGGAUCGAAAAUAAAUCUCAAGGUUUGGAGGGUGAUCAGGACCUCCAGUUCCUCCUGAAGGGUGGAGACCUCCUGAAGGUCCGUUCCCCAACCUGGAAGAAGACUCGGUACUUCAGGCUCCAGGAGGACUGCAAGACCAUGUGGCGACAAUCCAAGAGAACCUUCAAGAAAAAACAGACCUUUUCACUUGACGACAUCUCGGCAGUGCAACUGGGUCGUCAGUCGGAGGGCUUGAAGAAGAACACGGAGGAGCAGGUGGAGGACCGCUGCUUCUCCAUGAUUUUCAAGAGCCGCCGCAAGAACCUGGACCUCAUCGCCAGCUCAGACGAGGAGGCAAAGCAGUGGGUUAAAAGCCUGCAGAAGGUGAUCUCCAACCUAAACAACCUCAGUCUGCAGCAGAAGAGAGAGCACUGGAUCUUCAGCUGCUUGAGUAAAGCAGACAAGAACAAAGACGAUGAGCUGAACCCGUUAGAGGUCAAGGAUUUCCUGAGUCUGAUCAACAUCAAAGUGGAUGAUGAAUAUGUGAAAAUGCUUUUCAAGAAAUGUGACAAAUCACAAUCUGGAUGCCUGGCCGGAGGGGAGAUUAAACACUUUUAUGAACUGUUGACCCAUCGGGAGGAAAUUGAAGUUAUCUACGGGGAGUACGCUAAAACCACCGGCUUUAUGAGCCCUCAGAACCUGGUGGACUUUCUGAUGAAAGAACAGAGGGAGAAAGCAACGCUGGCCGAUGCGCACAAAAUCAUUGAGGACUUUGAGCCAGAUGAAAAUGUCAAGGGGAAGAAGCUGCUGUCCAAAGAUGGCUUCCUCAUGUUCCUGCAUAAUCCAGAUGCCAUGAUUCUCAAUCCAGAUCACAAGGAGGUGUACCAGGAUAUGAGCCAGCCCCUCAACUACUACUUCAUCUCCUCCUCUCACAACACCUACCUCAUGGAGGAUCAGCUCAAAGGGCCCAGCAGCACAGAGGCUUUUGUUAGGGCUCUGCUGAAAGGCUGCCGCUGUGUGGAGCUGGACUGCUGGGACGGAUCAGAUAAUGAGCCAGUGAUCUACCACGGCUACACUCUCACCUCAAAGAUCCUCUUCAAAGAUGCGAUCAAAGAAAUCAACGAGUAUGCCUUUAAGACGUCCGAAUAUCCAGUGAUUCUCUCCUUGGAGAACCACUGCAGCGUGGAACAGCAGAAAGUUAUGGCCCACCACAUGAAGUCCAUCCUCGGCAGUGCACUCAUCACCUCUCCUCUGGGUGACGGCAUGCCCACAAAUUUCCCAUCGCCUGAAGAGCUAAAGGGGAAGUUUCUGAUCAAGGAGAAGCGUUUAAACAAACUGGAGGCCGCUUUCGCUCCUGAGGCAGCUGCACAUGACACCGAUGUGACGGAGGAGGAGGAGUCAAGUGAGGUGGAGCAAACGCCAAAACAAGCGAAGGAGCUGUCCGACAUGGUCAUCUACUGUAAGAGCGUCCACUUCAACGGCUUCGAGGACGCCAGAAAAAACCUGAGCUUUUAUGAAAUGUCAUCCUUCGGCGAGGGGAAGGCCUUGAAGCUGGCAGAGGAGUCGGCAAACGCCUACGUGCGCCAUAAUACAGAAAAACUUAGUCGCAUCUAUCCAGCAGGCUCCAGGACUGACUCCUCAAACUACAACCCAGUACCUCUGUGGAAUGCUGGCUGCCAAAUCGUGGCCUUAAACUUCCAGACUAACAGUACAUACAUGGAUGUGAACCAGGGCAGAUUCUUGGUUAACGGCAAGAGCGGCUACAUCCUGAAACCAGCCUUCAUGAGGGACGCAGCCACAGAGUUUGACCCCGUCACCCUGACCCGAGGAGAAUGGCUGAAGCACAAGACGCUGCAUGUCAUGAUCAUAUCAGCCCAGCAGCUCCCCAAAGUGAACAAUAAAAAUUCCUCCAUAGUAGACCCGCUGGUUAAAGUAGAAGUCUACGGAGUGCAGGCUGAUGUUGCUGCGUCAGAGACCGGAGCUGUUGAUAACAACGGCUUAAACCCUUCCUGGAAUGAGAACUUCCAGUUUGACGUGUAUGUCCCAGAGCUAGCACUGGUUCGCUUCGUCGUCGAAGACUACGACGUCAGCUCUGAUAACGAGUUUGUGGGACAGUACACGCUUCCCUUCAACAGCCUGAAAAUGGGAUACAGACAUGUGCCUCUGCUCAACAGGAACGGAGACCUCCUCCCCUCAGCCGGACUCUUUGUGCACAUCAUGGUCCUGGAUGCCGAAUAAGAAGAUGACUCCAACACUAGGACCUCCUUUACACAGCCAUGUUUUAUUUCCCCCCC